UUUUAUUUCAUGCUUGAAAUAAGAAAGUUUUACUUUAAAGGCCUACUGAAAUUAGAUUUUCUUAUUUAAACAGGGAUAGCAGGUCCAUUCUAUGUGUCAUACUUGAUCAUUUCGCCAUAUUGCCAUAUUUUUGCUGAAAGGAUUUAGUAGAGAACAUCGACGAUAAAGUUUGCAACUUUUGGUCGCUAAUAAAAAAGCCCUGCCUGUACCGGAAGUAGCAGACGAUGUGCGCGUGGCGUCACGGGUUGUAGAGCUCCUCACAUUGUUUACAAUCAUAGCCAGCAGCAGCUAGAGCUAUUCGGACCGAGAAAGCGACAAUUUUCCCAUUAAUUUGAGCGAGGAUGAAAGAUUUAUGGAUGAGGAAAUUUAGAGUGAAGGACUAGAAAAAAAAAAAAAAGGCGAUUGCAGUGGGAGCGAUUCAGAUGUUCCAUCCAUCCAUCCAUUUUCUACCGCUUAUUCCCUUUUGGGGUGGCGCUGGCGCCUGUGUCAGCUACAAUCGGGCGGAAGGCGGGGUACACCCUGGACAAGUCGCCACCUCAUCGCAGGGCCAACACAGAUAGACAGACAUCAUUCACACACUAGGGCCAAUUUAGUGUUGCCAAUCAACCUAUCCCCAGGUGCAUGUCUUUGGAAGUGGGAGGAAGCCGGAGUACCCGGAGGGAACCCACGCAUUCACGGGGAGAACAUGCAAACUCCACACAGAAAGAUCCUCAGCCUGGAAUUGAACCCAGGACUGCAGGAUCUUCGUAUUGUGAGGCAGACGCACUAACCCCUCUUCCACCGUGAAUCAAUCAAUCAAUGUUUAUUUAUAUAGCCCCAAAUCACAAAUGUCUCAAAGGACUGCACAAAUCAUUACGACUACAACAUCCUCGGAAGAACCCACAAAAGGGCAAGGAAAACUCACACCUAGUGUGCAGGGAGAAUUCACAUCCAGUGGGACGCCAGUGACAAUGCUGACUAUGAGAAACCUUGGAGAGGACCUCAGAUGUGGGCAACCCCCUCCCCCUCUAGGCCCUCGAUUCAGAUGUUAUUAGACACAUUUACUAGGAUAAUUCUGGAAAAUCUCUUAUCCGCCUAUUGUGUUGCUAGUGUUUUAGCGUGGCGCAGUGGGAGAGUGGCUGUGCGCAACCCGAGGGUCCCUGGUUCAAAUCCCACCUAGUACCAACCUCGUCACGUCCGUUGUGUCCUGAGCAAGACACUUCACCCUUGCUCCUGGUUGGCGCCUUGCAUGGCAGCUCCCUCCAUCAGUGUGUGAAUGGGUAAAUGUGGAAGUAGUGUCAAAGCGCUUUGCGUACCUUGAAGGUAGAAAAGCGCUAUACAAGUACAACCCAUUUAUUUAUUUAUAUAGUACCGGAAAGUCGGAGGGGUGUGGCCACGGGUGUGUUGACGCCAGAGACUCUGAGGGAAGCCAAGGCGCCUGCAGCAGGACGGACGCUCCGCUGAUGUCUCCGAUGCUGAAGAUGAAGGCGGUCUGCUGCCACCAGUAAAGCUGCAGUGUAGAACCAACAGUCCUGACCUGGCAACAUACGAAUGGCCCAGGGAAGCCACAAGAUUGACAUUCAGGUUUUGCAUCACCUGCGCCAGAAGUUCCCUGAAGUCCCAGAGGGUGUUGUGUCCCAAUGUGUUCUGCAGAAUAACAACAACUUAGACGCCUGCUGUGAAUACUUGUCCCAGGUCAGUCCGGGCUACCUGUACAGUGAAGAAGCAAACCUCAGUUUUUCUGAAGACCCCAGCUUGACCAGGCUUGGCAAUCACAUGACCCAGCUGAACCUGGGCCUGCAGUCUCACAAUGUGCAUGUGGCCCCGCUGCGGGACGGCCUGAGAAUGAACGGCGGCCGGACUCUGGCCCACAGCCUGAGCGACGGGCCUCUGCAGACCGGCCAGGCCCCCAACACUGACUAUUUUCAGCAGGAGCCCCAGUCUGCUCCGGCGGAAGGGCCCAACAGUCUCAAUGUUUUUACCGCAAUGGAGCCCUCGCGCAAACCCAAGCCCCCGCAGCACCUGGGACUCUACCCUCUGGGGGUCAAAGGAAUGAGUGUGGGUCCCCAACAGACCGCGGGCUUCAACCCCAUCACAGUGACACUAGCGGCGCACGUUCAGACAGGCCGCAACACUCCUACUUCCCUACACAUACACGGCGGGCCACAGUCGGGUCUGAGCAGUCCACAGGGUAACUCCAUCUACAUCCGGCCCUAUGUGAGCCAGUGUGGUACGAUACGACAGCAGCAGGGGAACCGGGCCCAGUACAGUCCUACUUCUCAGCCUCAACAGCAGAUCUAUCAGAUCUCGCAUCCCUCGUCGUUGUCCGGCUCAUGGUCCGGCCCUCAGCAGGCCUCGCAUACCUCACAGCACCACACCCAGGGCCACCAGACCUCUCACGUCUACAUGCCCAUCAGCUCUCCCACUAACUCCCAGGCGCCCUCCGUCUUUCCUUCCGGCGUCUCCUCCUCAUGUGCGUCUUCUUCCUCGUCCUCCGUCAUGCCCACUUCGCUCUCGGCCGUCAGCCAGUACAACAUCCAAAACAUCUCCACCGGCCCGCGGAAAAACCAGAUCGAGAUCAAACUCGAAUCUCCUCAAAGGAGCAACUCCAACACGACCACCGCCGUGCUGCGAACCGGCGGCGGCUCGCGCUCCUCCUCCACCUCGUCCUCCUGUCCUUCCUCCUCGUCCACGACCGGAGUGUCCACGGCCCCCAGCACUCCGCUCUCCAUCGGAGGCUCGGGUCUGAGCCGUAGCCAACCCACUGUUUACAUUUCUGCCAGCCCGCCUGCUGCCGCCACCGCGCCUUCCGAGGAGGCCUCAGCCGGAGCCCGCUCGCAACCCAAGUUUUACAUUUCCGCCAAUCCCUCUGGUGACGACAGUGGGGGGAGGAACCCUCCUACCGUCUACAUCUCAGCUAACCCUCCAUUGCAGGGGGGGCCAGGCGCCAGGAACAUUGGGGGCCAGGUGAGCAUGGGGCCCGCCUACAUCCACCACCAUCCACCCAAGUCCCGGGCCUCCGUAGUAGGGGGGGGCACGGCUUGUUCCCCACGCGUGGUGGUGACUCAACCCAACACCAAAUACACUUUCAAAAUCACUGUGUCCCCCAACAAACCCCCGGCAGUGUCCCCUGGGGUGGUCUCGCCUACGUUCGAGCCCAACAACCUGCUCAGCUUACCCUCAGACCAUCACUUUGCUGAGCCAGACCCCCUCCAUCUCUCAGACCCACUGUUGCCACACAAGGAGAGACCGAGUGAGCCUCGAAGACUCAGCAUGGGCUCGGAUGACGCGGCAUACACACAAGCAUUGUUGGGCCACCAGAAGGCCCGCAUGGAGAGGCUUUGGCAUGAGCUGGAGCUGAAGAAGAAGAAGCUGGAGAAGCUAAAAGAAGAGGUCAGUGAGCUGGAGAAUGACCUGACCAGGAGACGGCUGGAGAGAUCCAAUUCUGCCUCCCAAAUCCCUUCGAUUGAAGAGAUGAAGCAGUUGCGAUGCAAAAACCGAUUGCUACAGAUCGACAUCGACUGCCUCACCAAAGAGAUUGAUCUCUUUCAAAAAAGAGAGCCGGACAGCGUGAGCGUGAAAGCCAUGGCGGACCAGGAGGAAGACGAGGGCACGCAGUGGAGCUGCACCGCCUGCACCUUCCUCAACCACCCGGCCCUCAACCGCUGUGAACAGUGCGAGUUCCCACGCAACUUCUGAGCCAGAGAGGCCACGCCCCCCCCCCCCCCCACAACGCGCUCUUCGGCCCGCAGCGUGGGGAAGCAAAGUGCCUCUUCCUGACGAGCUGUCAUCAUCUUUCCUCCCUCAAUGCUGCCCUCCCGAAGGUUUGACUGGAUCCUGUUUACAGCCUCUUUCUCCCUCACAGUCCAACCAUACCUCGCCUUGGAGACUCCCCCCCGCUCCCCUUCCCCCCCUCCCUGGAUACCUCGCUGCUCUCCUACAGUAUUAUCACUCUAAGCCUUUUUUUGCUCCAUUUCUGCCGUGUCUCAAAAGGAACACUUGUGGCCGUCCCCUCGCUGAGUGUUGACAGAGUCACAGUAUGUUUACCCUCCAACUUAGUGAUGGGUCAGUGAGCGUGUGCCACACUCACUUGCUGUAUUGACGCUGCACUGAUGCUGUGUAGGCGUUUCAGGAUGCUGCCAUUAUUUACAGAACACACCAUUUCCUUUCAAUAGUCAUUGAAAGGAGACACCUUCUCCUUUCAAUGACUAUUUACAAACCCCGUUUCCAUAUGAGUUGGGAAAUUGUGUUAGAUGUAAAUAUAAACGGAAUACAAUGAUUUGCAAAUCCUUUUCAACCCAUAUUCAGUUGAAUGCACUACAAAGACAAGAUAUUUGAUGUUCAAACUCAAAUAUUUUUUUUUUUUGCAAAUAGAAUUUCUUGGCCAAAGUAGUUGGGAAAGGGCAUGUUCACCACUGUGUUACAUCACCUUUUCUUUUAACAACACUCAAUAAACGUUUGGAAACUGAGGAAACUAA